AUGGCUGCCACAUUUCAACCGCAGGACUUCCCUGUCGGCACCAAACCUGUCUGGGAACUAGAUACUAAACUCGGUAAGCUCGAAAGUGUCUUAGGGAGUUAUGUGUUAGCUGCCUCAUUACAUGAAUCCCGGAUUGCCUGGCUGAGUCGCCUUCUACCCAAGUCCGUGAGCCGAGGGCCGGACAAGGAACCUACAGUCGACAGUCCGAUUCCGCCUCACCAUAGCACCGAGAGACUCAGCACAUGUACUCUCGAAGUGGGCCCGCAUACUAUGCCUGACCUUCUCGUAUUGAAGGUCACCUAUGUCGAUUGUUCCGCGUCACCUACAGACCCCUUCUCCAAAUUGACCCCCGAAAUCGUCCCGCAUUUUAAUGCAGCAGCACAGAGGGACUCGCAUCUGAUGCACUGCGUUCGCGAGGCAAUGGCCGGCAAAGGCACGCCGGAUCAAAACCAUUACAUCGCCUCGACUAUUGACCAGCUCGCUGCAGCUGACCCUUCAAGGCAACCUUCUCAGCCUCUUCUUGUACCAACUCUGGAAUCCUCCAUGAGCUGGGAUAUCAUCUUUCAGUUCAAAGAACACCCUAAUGAACAAUGGAUUCUCCCUCGGGGCUCAGCAUUCAUCGAACGCGAGCCGCCGGAUGGCGCGUGGGUGGACUUGAUACAAGUCUCCAUGCCUUUCUGCUCCCCGGGUUUAACAACAGAGAUGGCCUCUGGCGAACCUUCUUCGUCAAAUCCGCCGCCUCAGUCGGACAUCGCUACUCUGCGGCUUCUACAACCAACGCCAACGCUAUACGAUUCGCUCCUUGAUUGGGUCGGUGGUAGCCAUCAAAACAUGAAGAAUCGAGAUGCCUUGCGCAGUACCCUCAAGAAAGCGCGCGCUCGACAGUUCUUACAGUAUCGACUUCCCCUUAACUCCAAAGCUCUCAAGCGCUUCAAAGCCGCCGCUGAGUCUCCUUUUCCUAUGAAGCCUCUCAACCCCGACUCGAACACUUCGGGAACGCGCAAACGUUUGCAAGAAACACCCAAGAAGACCAUUUCGGCUGGCCCUACUCCCAAACAGAAGGGACCGAAAACGCCAGCGACGGCCAAACUAAAGCCAAAGAAGCAGCGGACGAAGUCAACACCGAGUACUUCAGCCUUGACGACGAAGCCGAAACAUAAAAUGGAAGUUUACGUGCUCAUGACUCGGCGUAGACCGCCUGAGGCCAAACCGCCUGGAUGUCAGCAUUGCAAAGUGACUGGCGAGCCCCUGCAUUUUGGAGGAAGGUUCUGUCGGCCGUGCAUUGACGCCGGCCACGCGACCCCUGUACCGGGUGUUACACACGCUCCGAUACCGGCCCCGCCGGUCGUCAAAGCGCCGGCGACUUUAUAUACGACUACAGCUUAUCAUUCAGUGGCAGAGCAGGCAAGCCCGAGUUCUGAAAUCCGUCCACCGAAGCCGUCGACCUCCCACACCGCGACUCGUUAG